AUUCGAGUAUCGAAUAAAUCGAAUGCAAACGUUUACGUCAUUCUUCAGACGGUAUAUAAUGAUAUCAGUAUAUCAGUUAAUUUAUUGAUCGUUGUCUACAACUGAAGCAAAAUAAUUAUACAAGCAAUCAUUCGUUAUGGAUAAUAUUAAGAAAGAAGAUAAACAAUAUGGUUUAAUUAUAACUAAAAAACAACUCUCUGCACCAAAAGCAAUAAAUGUAUUUGGAGAUGAGGAUACUUCUGAUGAAGAUGAUGGCACUGAUUGGGUUAGAAAAGCUCUCAAAGCAGAAAGUGAAAAAAACAAAAUGAGAAAGCAAACCAAGCUUAGCAUGCAAAAAGCAUUAAAAGAAGAUCCAACUAUUUAUCAAUAUGAUGAGGUAUAUGAUAACAUAGGAGCCAAAAAUCAAGUUAAGACAAUAAAAGUUCAAGAAAAGAAACCAAGAUAUAUACAAAAUUUCUUAAAAGCUGCAGAACGAAGAAAAAAAGAACAAGAACAUAGGAUAGAAAGGAUGGUACAGAAAGAAAGAGAAGCUGAAGGAAUGAUGUAUGCAGAUAAAGAAAGUUUUGUAACAUCUGCAUAUAGAGCAAAAUUAGAAGAAUUUAAAAAAAUGGAGGAGGAGGAAGCAAAAAUGAAUAGAUUAGAAAGUAUUGGCGACGUGACAAAACAACAAGAUAUGUCUGGAUUUUAUAGACAUUUAUACAAACAAACAGUUGAAAGUAUUGAAGAAAUUGUAAAAAUUCCAGAAAAGGCCAAAAAUAGUAAUGAUACUUUAGAAGCAGAAGAUGUAAUUAAUAAUGAAUAUUCCACAGUAGCAAAUGAAAAAUAUGAAGAAAAAUGUAAUGUAAAAAAAAUUAAAAAAAGUAGGCAGUAUAGACAAAGAGUUAUUGAAAUGUAUGAAAGUGAUAAUGAAUUACAAAAAGAAAUUGAGUCUUGUAACAUAAAUAAAAGUAUAAAUAAUGUAGAAAACAAAAGUAUCAAUAGCUCUGAAAUUAAAGAGCCAGAUAAAAAGAAACAAAAAUAUAAAAUACGAGAUAUUCAAACUAAUACUCUGUCUAAUUUAAUACUUUUAGAUGAAAAUAAAGACAAUAUAAAAGAUACUGAAAAAACAUCACAAGACAUUGAUAAUAAAAAGAUCGAAGUUAAAGAAAAUAAAGAGAACCAAGUUGAAACUACCCAAAAGAAAGAAAGAUCUUCAAUUUGGUUAAAGAGAACAAUUGGUCCUGUAUUUGAAGCAGCUUUACAACGAUAUUAUGUUAGAAAAGCUACACGGAAUGCAGAAGCACAAUAAGAUAUUAUUGUUUUGGUAUCUAUAAACUUAUAUAUGUAUUUUUAAAUAUUUAUUGAUAGAUUUAUAUUCAAUAAAUCAAUGAUAUAUAGAACAAAUAGGUUCAAAAUAAAUCAUUUCUACAUAGAAAAAUUUCUUAUAUUCACCUGUAUAAAAGCUACAAUUAUGUUUACUUAAUACAUGUUUGUAUAUUUUUACACUGCCAAAUAAAAUGUCUUAAUAGACAUAAAAAA